CUCUAAGCCCCUCCCCAACUAUAACGCACGAGCCCGAGGCGAGGUAGUCCACAGUAACAGAUACUGUGCGUGUCUCCGCUGUGAGGAGAAAAUGUUGUAGCUUUCGCCAAAAACCUCAACCAGUGAUUGAGCAGCAACGCGGAGUGUCCCUUGUCUCAGCCGGGAGAAGGCAGAAAAACAGCUUUUGUGAUGCAGCCUGACAAACAGACGCGUUGGUCAAGAAUCUAUGAGCGCGCCGCUUCCCAAGACUGUCGUCUUCCUGUCGGAAUUUUUUGCUGACUGUUGUGGAGUGGCCUUCAAAGGUCAAAGUGAUGCUCCUGGCUCCGCUGUGAUCUCUGUUGCCGCGGUUCCCACAGAAACGAGACAACUGUCGCGGAAUGAUGACGUCGCCAUCGCCCACUCACAGUGACAGCAGCGGCUCCUCUAAGCAUGACAGCAACCGGGACAGUUGGGAGAUUGUGGAGGGGCUCAGGGGGGUUCCUGCCAACAUGCAGGAGCCGGACAGACAGGAGGGCUUCCUGCUCAAGAGGAGGAAGUGGCCCAUGAAGGGGUGGCACAAGAGAUACUUUCUGUUGGAGAGAGGCAUCUUGAAGUAUGCAAAGCACGGAGCUGAUCUGAAGAAGGGAAAGCUUCAUGGCUGCAUCGACGUCGGCCUUUCUGUCAUGUCCGUAAAGAAGAAGGCCAUGUGCAUUGACCUGGACACGGAGGACAACAUCUAUCACCUGAAGGUGAAGUCUCGGGAGCUGUUCGAGGAGUGGGUGUCGAGGCUCCGUCAUCACCGCGUCUUUCGGCAGAACGAGAUCGCCAUGUAUCCCCACGAGAGGCAUCUCUUCCACCCCCACGCCUCGCCGUCGCCCUCGCUCAGUGACACCCUGAGAAAACGGGCUACUCUGACCAAGCAGGCGUCCCUCCACCAGGCGAAGGUCAGCUCUUGGCUCCACUCUUCGGAGGACAUGGACAAGUGCUGCAAAGACCUGGAAGAAUGCGAAUCCUACCUCCUGGACCUCAACCUGCUGUUGAAGAGCAUGGAGGUCCUCCACCGCACGUACUCAGCUCCAGCCAUCAGUGCACUACCAGCAUCUACUUAUGACCUCCCCAAAAAGGAGAAGAGACCAAGAAGGUGGAGAUCCAAAAACAAUGGCAAAGAGAGCAAAGCCACACUUCAGGUUCCAAGCUGCAUAUCCUCCAAGUCGCCUCGUCUCCACGCCUCCAACCCCAACCUUUCCUCCACGGAGUCCAACGCGCAGGAGGCCUGUGCCGACGCCCCAGACUCACCCACAGACGCGUCUCGCCUGCAGGAGGACUUCUGCCAGCUGGCCAGCAGCAUCCACGCUACGCUGAAAUCAGCCUUUAGCUCCCUGGUAGCAGAGCGAGACAGGCUGCGGCACACCAUCGACAUGCAGGUCCCGCAGCCCACACAGGUCAUGGGCUUGAAAACCACCUAUGCCCCCGAAUGUCCCGGCGGCUCACACUCCUUGGUCCACCAGGUGUCCAAUGAGAGCAGAGCAUCUCUCCCGGAUUCCAUUUCAGAGUUCUUUGACGCUCAGGAGUACCUGCUCUCCUCCUCCUCCUCCGAGAACGAGGUGUCUGACGACGACUCCUACAUCAGCGAUGUCAGUGACAGCGUCUCCAUGGAUACCUGCAGCAAUGAGGGAGGCAGCGAGAGACACAACUCCGUCAGCAGCGUGGUGACGCUGGCCAGUCGUCGCUCCCUCUUGCCCUCCCCCAGUCCCACCAGCAGCGUCAGCCUGUGGAACAUCCUAAGGAACAACAUCGGCAAGGACCUGUCCAAGGUGGCCAUGCCGGUGCAGCUCAACGAGCCCCUCAACACCCUGCAGAGGCUGUGCGAGGAGUUGGAGUACAGUGAACUGCUGGACAUGGCCAACCAGACCCAGGACCCCUACCAACGCAUGGUGUAUGUUGCUACCUUUGCCAUAUCUUCCUAUGCCUGCACCUACCACCGGGCAGGAAGCAAACCCUUUAACCCAGUCCUGGGAGAGACCUAUGAGUGUGACAGACCUGAUAAGGGCUUCAGGUUUAUAGCGGAGCAGGUAAGUCAUCACCCCCCUGUGUCAGCUUGCCACGCGGACUCAAGGAACUUCACCUAUUGGCAAGAUGUUCGGUGGAAAAAUAAAUUCUGGGGGAAGUCCAUGGAAAUUGUUCCCAUGGGAACCACACAUGUCACACUACCUGCCUUUGGUGACCACUACGAAUGGAACAAAGUGACGUCCUGCAUUCAUAACAUCCUGAGUGGCCAGCGCUGGAUUGAACAUUAUGGAGAAAUGGCCAUUAAAAACAUCAACAGUGAUUCCUGUCAGUGUAAAGUCACAUUUGUGAAGGCAAAAUCAUGGAAUUCCACAGUAAAUGAGGUACAGGGUGUGAUUACUGAUUCGAAGGGUAAAGUUGUAUACCCCAUCUUUGGGAAGUGGCACGAGUCUAUGUUUCAAGGGGAUCCACCUUCUGCCACAUGCAUCUGGAGAGCAAACCCCAUGCCUGCGGACCACGACCAGUACUACGGCUUCACCCAGUUUGCAGUGGAGUUAAAUGAGCUCGAGUCAAUGCUGAGACCCUUCCUCCCCCCCACAGAUACACGCUUCAGGCCGGACCAGAGGCUGCUGGAGGAGGGGAACAUCGACGGAGCUGAGGAGCAGAAACAGAGGAUAGAGCAGCUCCAGAGGGAGAGGAGGAAAGUGUUGCAGGACAACAGCAUGACGCACCAGCCUCGCUUUUUCAAGAAGUCUAAGGAUGACACAUGGGUGAGCAACAACUUGUACUGGGAUCAGCGGAAGGACACUGGCUUCAGCAAACUGGACUUUCCUGUGUUGUGGUAACUCUGGACGUCUCCACUGCCCCUUGUCGCAGGAUGGGAAGUAAUAAAACUGAACUGAGACCAGCAUCGAAGUGUCUUAACCCGGUUAACAUGAACUGCUUCAUGUCAAGGCGACCCAAACCCUUGUGGGCUUCCUGGUUCCUCUUUACAGAUGAAGCUGAGUCUGUAGAACAACAUUUGAUUUACUUGUAUGGUUGAUUAUGAAUCAUGAGGCAAGAUGUUCGCCUCUUAUUGUCAUUAUUCUAAAAAACACACUGUCAGUAAACAGUAAGAUUUUAUUAAUUUUUUUUUGCAUCUUAGCAUUUACCAAAGUGCCUUUUAUUGCAGUGUGACACUCAGUCACCUGCUGAAACAGUUUUGCACACAGGAGACUGUAACGACUCCUCCAUUGAAUGAUGUCAGAGUGAUAAAGAGAUUUUAAAGGGUGAGAAAAGGGUCAGCCUUGAAAUUGAUGAGCGGCUCUAGUAUUCUUCCACUGAAUCAGCGUCAUGAAUUCAAGUUUGUGAUUGCUUUAAGCCAGCGGCUGAUCACAGGUUCUAUUUUUAAAAGCGGGCCUUUAGCCUUUUUUCAGCACGCUGCCUUGUUUUAAUCGGUCACGGUGGUCAUGGGAUUUAAAUAUUGUGAUAGUUUUUCACAGAUGAAAACAGCAAUAAUACUCCGUGUUUAUUAAACAUAAUAAACUGUAAUGUGGAAAAGUU